GCUGUCACAGUCUCAUGCAUGGGGUGGGAGAUGUUGUCCAACAGGAUUAGGUGACCAUAAAGGUCCUGGGAAUGUGAAAGCUUCUGACGGGAUAUCGCUGUUAUCCAAUCGUACUCCAGGAUAUUUCAUUAUAAGGGACUAACUGGUAAUGAGUUAAUUACCAGUUAAUGAAGUCUGGUGUUGAAAUCAGUUCUUUUUUCAUAAAUGAGUCAAUUUCCUGAAUUUUAUGUGUGCUACAGCACCCUCUGCUGGAGCUAUUACUGUAAUCACAUUACUGAAUUUAGUACUGCAGCACUUUAAGGUACUGUGUUACAGGUAAAUGUGAUGAUGUUAUUUGAGCUAAAUAUGUUCUUUAAGCAUCUGCAUGAUGGAUGGAUCCUUUUCAUGCUGUUUCCUCAACAAUCGCCUGACCUCAGUUCAUGCAGUCUUCUAAUUGGAAAACUGUGAGGAACAAGAAUGUGAUUGUAAGAAGCAAAACGAUCCACCACUCUGAACAUGAGAUCAACUCACCUGAGAAGACGCUCACACAAAGCCUGCAGUGAGAAACUCCUGUACCCACAGACAUGUUCGAGCAGAGGGUAAGUUGACUCCAACCAAGCAGCCGGUGCUGGAUUCACUGCUCGUUCCUGCAGCCGUAGGUGUGAGAGCUCUGACCUCUGACCUGUCUGGGAUGUGCCCUGAAUCUUACUUUGCAGCUGGUACAGGCUCUUAUAAAUAUCCUGAUCUUGUUUUAAUAGUCAAAUAGAGAUAAUGUGUAUUUACUGUGUUUCAUUUCUCUAUAAUGUCUUUAGGGUUGUCACAGCACAUUAUCACUAUCUCUCUCUCUCCCUUUCCUCCUCUUCUGUCACACCAACUCUGUCUUCACUGCCUCUGUGCCUUUUGUUUUCACCCAGCAGUGACAUGAUUUCCGUCAGCACGCUGCUGGUCAGCAUCACCUGUGGUAGUUGUUGCUAACCUUCACCAGGCUAUGGAUGAUCCUCAUUCUUGUUUUAGCCGUAGUUUGACACUGAAUGCCAUGUUUGCAGUCCUGUCAGAGUUUGACUUGAACAAAGAGCUGCAGAUGAGUCACUUGGCUUAAAGUUUCUUAUCCUGAAGGCUGUCAUCCAUCAUUAUCUUCUAAUUAAUCCGAACAUGAAACAAGUCUGAACCACACUGUGCAGUCCUUCAUGCUUCAGAGCUAAGAAUCAUUGUAUUCAUUUAAUCUUAGUUUCAUUUCAUUUAUUUUAUUCAGAUUAAAUCAGUAAAAACUGUUUACACUUAAAUGUGGAUUGUUCUUUCCUGUUGCUUAGUCUGGUAUUUUAUACAGAACCAGGCCAAACCUGCCAUCAGACCCUCUGAACAAGACUCAGCACCAGACAUGCAGCAGGAUCAGCAUGCAGUGAGUUCUUAUCUGCAGCUUGAACACAUGAAACUCUCAGCUGACAUCAGCACACUCCUGAUGGAGCAGGUGGUGAAACUGCAGUGACCUUAUUACUGUGAUGACACAUCGCAGCACUCUGUCGCCUCAGUCCUGCAGAAUGACUUUUUUCCUGGCCAACAUGAAGCUGCUGCCUCUCAUCUGUCUCAGCGUCUCCGUCACAGCUGGAAUACACCUGGUUCAGUCUCCUCCUCAUGUAACUGUGAUGCCAGGGUCAAAGGUCAGCCUCAAAUGUAACAUCACUGAGACGGGUGAAACACAUGGCUGCUCUCGAGUGACAUGGCUCCAUAUCAGGCAGGUGAGCGGUCUCAGUGCGACUCCUUGGUUUACUUCUCGAGUUCAGAGCAGGCUCUGUCUGCUGGAAGUCCCCAGAGCCACCCAGCAGGACGCUGGCAUGUACUUCUGUGUCUACAUCGAUGGGGUCAUGCCAGUGCUGGGCAGCGGAACAACGGUAACGGUCACAGAAUCAGAGCUCCACAGUCCUGCACUUGAUCUCCUGGCUCCUUCACACGUCAGCUCGUCCCUCCCCGUCCCGUUGAUCUGCCUGGCGUCCGGGCUGAACGACACCGGUCGGGUCAAAGUCGACUGGGAGGUGGAGUCUGAGGAGGACGACGGAGCUCAUGUGCUCAAGGAGCUCAGUCCCAGAAUCCUUCCUGUCACCAGGGCGGGAGUCAUCAGCACGCAGGUUUAUGUUCCUGCAGAAACCUGGUCUGCAGGUGUGAAAGUGUCCUGUGUGCUGAGUGAUGGAGAGCGGAUGAGCAGGAAGACCAUCAGCAGCGGGACAGAUGAGGUCAAAUUGUCCAGUCAGUGUGUGUUUCUGACCUCCAUCACUGGCACUGCAUGUGCCGCCUUUUUUACCUCCACCGUGGCACUCUGCAUCCUGCUGUCUCGCCGACAGAAAAAAACGCCAAAGAUCAGUGAAGAGACGUCUCCAGAGCUUCAUUAUGCUGCUCUGAGGUUUUCAGCUUCAGGUGGAAGAAACAUCAGAUGACUGAAGCUGCUGCGAUUCGUCGAACACAUUUUUCAGCGAGCCGAGGACGCAAAGAAAUACCAACAAAUCUGAGUGGCUGAAGAUAGAUAGAUAUUGUAUCGAUCUAAAUUUCUCUCUUUGCCAAUUUUAUCUGAAUUUUUCCAAUUCUAAAAAAUGUCAAACUCUUUCAUUUAAAAUAUGCAGAUACUUAAAGAAAGAAAGUAUGCUUACCUAAGCUGUUUGAUGCAGUGACCACAGACAGUAAAUAGAUGCUACGGAAGCAGAACCGUGUCCUGUAAUGUUUCUAACAUGAUGCUGACAUUUUUAGUAAAUCACUUUAUUAUGAUUCUGAACUUUACAGCUGUAGAUGUUCAUAUUACAUAAAGUUCUUUUUACAGUGGAGCCAAUUUUACUCAUGAAUUUGAUUUAAAAAAUCAAAUUUUACCUGUUUUUUAAUCAUAAACGUAUUCAUAUAACUUAAUUAUUUUUUUACUCAUUGUGUCAGAGUUUGAAAUUUCACAAAUGUGAAGUUAUAGCUGCUGAUUUUCUAUUUCUUGCACUUGUCUGUAUAAAUGGUUUCCUCUAAAGAUUCUGCACCGUUGUGUACGGCUUCAGUUCUCUGGUAUUUACUCUCAGGCAAAUAAUAGGAUCUGAUGUCCUGUCUCCCCUUCACGCUUUUUUUUUAGAUAGUUUUAGGGCAUGAACUGCAACGUAGAUUUGAGGUUAACCAGUCAGAUGUUUCCUGUGUGUCUGUGGAAAAGAAAAGGGGUCAGAGAGGCAAACUGAAGUGUUUCUGUUCACUCAGCUGUUUUCUGUUUGCUGCAGUGGAAAAUUAUUUGUGCUCAUUUGAAUUUUGGGUUUCCGUUCCAUUGAUCAGUGUCUAAACAGCACGUCACAUCAAAAUGUGAUUUCAUUUUACAAGCUUCAGCUCCUG